GAAACGGGAGUGAAAUUCUCUUUGCCGUUUUGCUUUGCUUCAUGAAUCUUGACUUUGCAUUUCCAGGUACUCAUCGGCUUCUCUAGCAGCAGUACGCAGGUGUAACAUGUAUGUUUCCUGGUGAGCUAACGCGAUGAUAAGGAAUCAGGGACAUGGGGGGAAGGAAUAUCGGAGUUGCUGUGGACUUCUCCUCAUGCAGCAAAGCAGCUCUACGUUGGGCAUCAACUAACAUUAUCAGGAACGGGGAUCAACUCAUACUUAUCCAUGUCAAUAAUUCCUACCAGAAUGAACAAGGAGCAGUUCAUCUCUGGGAGCAGAGUGGUUCACCGCUCAUCCCUCUGGUAGAGUUCUCAGAUCCUCAUGUCACCAAGACAUAUGGUCUGUCACCAGACAAGGAGACACUAGAAAUCCUAGCUCAUGUGGCAAAUCAGAGAGGGGUCGAAGUCUUUGGAAAGAUAUUCUAUGGUGACCCGACGAAGAAGCUGUGCGAGGCGGUUGACGUGGUUCCCCUUAGCUGCCUGGUUAUCGGAAGCAGAGGUCUGAGCACACUGAAGAGGGCUCUGAUGGGGAGCGUGAGCACCUACGUUGUGAACCACGCGACCUGCCCAGUCACCGUUGUGAAGGAGAACGCAUAGCUGCAGCUUGCUACCAAUGACGAAGAUAUCGGCCGUUUGCAAAAUCUCAAAACCAGAAGGGAUAAAUAAGAUAAUACUGUCUUCAAGCAGUAGCUAUAAGAACAAAUACUACCUCCGUUCCAUAAAGAUUGGCACGGCUUUGAACUGAGUUAGUUCAAAUCCGUGCCAACCUUUAUGACACGGAGGGAGUAGUAUAUAUGCGGUAGCAUAUAAGAGUCAAUAAUAGAGAGUAUUCUGUGGAAACCAGUGAAAACCACACGAAAAUCAUGUGUAAAGGUUUAAAUUUUUCUCAAAAAACACUUCAACUUCAAACUCAAAUUCAUUUGGGAGGUAUGGAAAAAACAAAUUGAGCAAGGAAUAGUAGCAAACAGUCAAUGCAGCUAUUCAUCGCUGAAUCUGUCUUUUGCAUAUCUUCGAAACGAAUGUGAGUUUGAACUUAAAAGAUGUGUAUGUGUGUGGAACAUCACCCUCAUAGAGUUUUCACGGUAACUUGGUUUCCACCGGAUACUUUCUGUGGAUAAUAUGACAAUAAAGUGUGCUUGGCAGUUGGCAUGCAAUGUACUGACGUCCUUAUGUAUGUCGGAAAAAAUGUGUCCUUCUGUAAUCA